AGCCGCUUCUUCCUCGUUGGUUCAUCGCCGCCAGUACCUAUCAUCGCCGCCAUCAUCCCCGUCGUCCUUCUUCUCCUUCCUGGUGCAUCGUAAAUCAGGCGAGAGAGCAGAGGCAACGGCGAUUCUGCACGCAAGAUUCUACCUCGUCAAUUGGAUCGAGACUAGGGCUCGUAGAAAGGAAAAAAAACUAGAGAUCGACACAGGGAGAAAAUACAGGAGCUCAUGUAGGGUUUUGAUUUUUUUCUUUCCUUUCUUCCUCAAAAUUCCUUCCAUUGUAUGAAGUCCCCAGAUUCUUAGAAUUUGUCCCAGGGUUCUUAUUAGCAAGUUUUUUACAGUUUGUCAGUGCAAUAUUUAUGUGGAUCGAUAGCUACUGGCGAGCUCCUCCUCAAGCUCGUCAAAAUCUGCCAUGACUUUGUUAUCAAAACCUCCGUUUUUUCUCAUUGCAUUCUCCCUUUACAUAGUUGUGCUCUGUUCGCCAACGCCAACAGCCGACCUUGGUGAGUCGAGCAACAACCCACCCCUCUGGCCGUCCAAUCGAGACAACAAUGCCAUUUUCCAUAUUCAGGAUUCUCAGGUUGCCUGUCCAAUCAACUGUUUCCGACCUGACCCGGUUUGUGGUGUCAAUGGUGUGACCUAUUGGUGCGGUUGUGCGGAUGCACAUUGCGAUGGCGUGGAGGUGGCGAUGUUUGGGUUUUGUGACGUGGUGAAUGGCAAAUCAGGUCCCAUCUCGAGUCAGGCCUUUUUGCUGGUCCACAUUAUUUGGCUCAUUGUACUUGGGAUUUUCGUGCUCCUUGGGCUUCUCUGAUGCAAUGAGGUUUAUUCUCCACAUUAGAGAACAAUGAACCAGGCGGUGCAGAAGAACACUUUGUACGUAGGUGGAUUGGCAGAGGAAGUGAAUGAGGGGAUCCUGCAUGCUGCUUUCAUACCAUUUGGAGACAUCAAGGAUGUGAAGACGCCUUUGGACCAGGCAACACAGAAGCACCGAUCUUUUGGAUUUGUCACUUUUCUGGAGAGGGAGGAUGCAGCCUCUGCCAUGGAUAAUAUGGACGGCGCAGAGCUCUAUGGCCGAGUCCUCACAGUCAAUUACGCUCUCCCCGAGCGCAUCAAGGGUGGUGAACAGGGCUGGGCUGCCCAACCUAUUUGGGCGGAUGCGGACACAUGGUUUGAGAGACAACAACAAGAGGAGGAAAUGCAGAAACUCCAAGCAGAGAACAUGGCUGAAAUGAAGGCUGCAGAGGAAUUACAUCGGAAAAAAAUGGCAGAGGAGAGGGAAGGUGAGAAGGAGGAUGGAGAUGUUGUCAAUGAUGAUCCGAUGGCACAAGCUGAAGCAGAGGUUUUAAAAGACAAUGCAUUGGGCUCUUCUUAGUCGCUACGCAAUUGCGCUACCAAAUUUUGUUUUCAGAUAUUGUUAUGUUUAGGGUUUGUGAAAAAGAUUCUAGUGUGGUUAGAUCUAAUGCCGAUUAGAGUCUUGUGUGUUCGACAUUGAUCCUUGUGUGGGCAUUCAUGUGGUGCCAUGUCAAGGGCUUGGGUCUAGGGUUACCCUCCAAAUGUGAGGAUACCAAGUGUGAAAGCCAAAGAAAAGAGAAAAAAUUGUAGUUUAACACUAUCUCCCUCCUCUGGUUUCCCAUCUCUGCAUAUGAAUUGGCCUGGCCAUUGAAAGCAUUACUUGCAUGACUUCAUAUUA